AUGUCUGUCGAAGAAGUUAGCAAGAAGUUUGAAGAAACUGUUUCCGUUAGUGGGAAAGUUCAAGUACAACAUCCAUUAAACAGUAAAUGGACUUUAUGGUACACUAAGCCAGCUGUGGAUAAAUCAGAGUCUUGGUCUGAUUUAUUGCGUCCCGUUACUAGUUUUGGUAGUGUGGAAGAGUUUUGGGCUGUCCAUGAGAAUGUUCCUGUUCCACAUGAAUUGCCAUUGAAGUCUGAUUACCAUAUCUUUAGAGAUCAAAUCAGACCUGAAUGGGAGGAUACUGCUAAUGCUAAAGGUGGUAAGUGGUCAUUCCAGUUGAGAGGUGGCCAUGGCGAUGUUGAUGAGUUGUGGUUGAGAGCUUUGUUGAGUGUUAUCGGUGAAACCAUUGAUGAAGAAGAUUCUCAAAUCAAUGGUAUUGUCUUGAGUGUUAGAAGAGGUACUUAUAAAUUUGCUUUAUGGACUAAAUCUCAAGAAAAGGAAGCGUUAUGCAACAUUGGUGCCAGAUUCAAAGAGGUUUUGAAGUUGGGUGAAGAAGAAAAAAUCGAAUUCUUCCCACAUUCUGCCUCUACUGCAAAACAUGCUCAACCUGCUAUUAUUUUGUAA